CUCGGGGUGUCGUCCUGUGGUUCAAAGAAGAAAAAGAGGCAGCGGCCGACCCCGCGACGCUAGCGCCGCCACUGUAGCCAGCCUCCGGUGACCCGCGCCGCCGCCUGGAGCAGCGCUCUACAGCCGUCCCAGGAAAAAUGGCCGAGCAUCUCUUUGAGGACAUCUUCAACGUGACCAGGAUCGAUCCUGAUGGGAAGAAGUCGACAGAGGUAAUUCGCUCUGGCAUUAUUCGCAUUGAGGCUAAAAGCGAGCAGUUGGAAAUGUACAUGCAAUUAGAUGUCGCUACUGAUGUCUACCCAAUGCAUGUUGGUGACAAGUUCACCAUGGUUUUAGCUCCUACACUGAAUCUGGAUGGGACUCCAGACACUGGCUUCUAUACACAGGCUGGUAGGAAAACACUUGCUGACAAGUAUGACUAUGUUAUGCAUGGAAAGCUUUACAAGAUUUCAGAGGACAUUUCCAGUGAAAAAGAAGCUACUAAAGUGUAUGACUUCUCUGAACUCUAGAUUAGUGAUUUUGUAUGGGUUUCUAAUCUUGCAGGAUUUGAUUUAUGCUAUAUAUUUGAGUAAUAUAUGAUUUAAUGUGAGAUUGAUUUCUUACCUUCAUAUAGCCGAGGAAGAAUUUGCUCUAUAACCAUGUUGCUGAAGCUCUUUAGUUUGAGAGUAAAUAAUGAUUCUCUGAUUUGCCCUUCAGCUCCUUAAUCCCGGCUUCUUAAUGCAUGUCCAUAUGAUCCUGUGUGGGUGGGGCAGUGGUGUUGAGAUUGCUUGAUGCGUGUUUUGCUAAACAGCCUGGUGUAUAUACUCCCAAAGGAGAUUGCUUCCUUUACGGAGGGAGUAUUUUGUUUCAUUGACCCAUGUCUUCUGUUACUUCGUUCUUAGAUGUUAUUACUGCUAAUAGAAUGGAGCACUUUGUACACUGAUAAUAGAUACUGCAGUUUUGCUAAAACACAUCUAGAUGUGGCUUAAGUAAUGUUAUUUUAUUAUGUUCCGAAUCCCAUACAAGUGUUGUACUACAGAAGGAGUCCUAGCGGACUACAGCAUGCCAACCGUGCUAGACGUAGCAUGACUACAACUCUGUUUCGUGUCCACCAAGAAAGAGAGUUGUUUGCCCCUUUAUAUAGUACCAGCUAGUCAUAGAAAGAUGAGAGAGAGAUCUCCACCAGAUUAGCACGUAGAGGGUUUGUCCUCUCGUGUAAUGUAAUACUCCUCCCAAUUAUAGUGAUACGCCGCCGUGCAUUUCGUGGUUUUCUCCCGUAAGGGUUUCCACGUAAAAA